CAUAGAGAUAUUUACGGAUUAGGAUUUGCUAUUAUAAGCACCGACUUCCACCAUUUAAAGCAGAGCAAGAGCUUGAGCCAAACCCUAACCCUGAAGAAGAGAAAUUUUCACUUAAAAACAGAAAUAUGGUUUUGCUAGACAAGCUGUGGGACGAUGUUUUGGCUGGUCCUCACCCUGAACAGGGCCUCGGCAAGCUCAGGAAGGUCAACCCCAAGCCCUUAAACCUCGGAGGUGGUGUGGAAGGAGAGGGAAGCAGCAAGAACCAGCGAUCGUUGUCGAUGCCAGCAAGCCCUAGCACUCCACCAACGCCAGGGACGCCCAUGACACCGUCGUCUGCUAAGAAAGAGAACGUGUGGAGGAGUGUGUUCCAUCCAGGAAGCAAUCUUGCUACCAGGGGCAUCGGUGCUGCUGUCUUCGACAAGCCACAGCCCAACACCCCAACUGUUUACGACUGGCUUUACAGCGAUGGCACCCGAAGCAAGCACCGCUGAAGAGUGAGGAUCGAGUGAGAGGGGAGUGUGUGAGCAAUUGUGAUGUUGCCAGUUGUCACUUAUUGGAUGGAGAUCUAUGUAUGCAGUAAAGACCCUGUC